UUUACACUUGAGAGAGCUCUGCAUUUCCUAUUCCUCUUCAAGGCUUCAAGCUGCAGGUACCAUCUUCAAAUGGCUCGUUCAUCACCAGUGCCCGCCUUUUUCCAGGUCCUUGUUGGUGAUUUCUCUGAGAAACUGAAAAUGCCAACAGCUUUUGUCAACGACUUCAAUGGACCGGCACUAUGCAAACUUCGAGGCCCUACUGGAAAAUGCUGGGACGUAAAAUUGGAAGAGAAAAACAAUGAUCUAUUCUUCCAUAAAGGCUGGAAGAAAUUUGUGAAGGAUAACUAUUUGGAGGAAGGAGACUUUCUGGUUUUCAAUUAUGAUGGCAAUUCAUUGUUCAGUGUGACAAUCUAUGAUGAAAGUGCAUGUGAAAUGGACAUGGAUGAAGCCAAGAGAAAGAGAAGUACUGGCUGUUUUGUUGGUCAAAUGAGGGAUUAUGUCAUGCCUGGGGAGACAAGACUCAGAAUCAUUGAGUUCAAAUCAGAGCAUCUUUGCUUUAAGAGAACUAUGGAGGCUCACAGACUGUAUCAGCUGAACAUUCCUAUAAUAAUAGCCAGGGCUAAGGGUCUCAUGAGCAAGCGGACUAUAGAGCUUCGGGAUCCAAGCAACAGAUCAUGGCCUGUUACAGUGACCCCCAUGGAAGAUGGUCGUACACUUAUGAACAAAGGCUGGUGUGAUUGUUGCAAGGCGAACCAGAUUAAGAAAGGGAACACCGUUGUUUUUGAGUUUGUGAAGGGACAUGUGAAGCUUCACAUCAUUAGAGAUGAGGGAUGUGAAGUGGUGCUCGCAGGUCCUAAUAUCGUAUAUUGAAGCUAGUCACUGCAGGUGCAAUAGUCUUGUCUGUUUUCAGUAAAGGAUCCUGUGUUACUUAAGUAUGGUUAUUUUUCAUUUCGGGGACGCUUCUAUUCCUGUUUAUUAGUGAUUGUUGUUUUGUACGUUCUGUAAUGGGAUUUGAAUGCAAUU